AAAUGACUUUUUGGAAAAAGUUGCAUCGCGGUGAUAGAAACAUAAAGUCCAACCCCUCUUGAUGUGAAUUACCCCAAUUUUCUCUUUUUAUCCCAUCUCAUCAUGCAAGCGCCGGCCUCACCUCCCCCAACACCACCCAUCAAGGUCCUUCACAAAGUUCAAACCCCAACAACACAUCUUACAAAAUGGCAUAAUUCAACCCAGCGUCGACGAGGGCCAUCCGACAUUGUGUUUGGAGAUCAUCGACAUUUUCCGCACACAGAUCAAUUCCUAUCAACAAUGCGCACUGAUUACGACGGGCAGCGGCUAGAUCCAGCGAACAUCAAAGUGGCUCAGGAAACAGCCGCAAAUAGAUGUGGCCCUGAUGUCCAUGUUCCAGUGGGCCCAGCUGGAAAGCCAUUGGGAAUCAAUACGGCAGAUAAACGAGAAGGGCAUAUAGCGUUUGGGGAUCGGAGUAAGGUCUCUGAUUCACAUUUUGAGAGUGUAACUGAUUCGAGCUACAAAUGUCCACCGCCAAUAACGGCGAAGAUAAGUCGAGGCAUGGGUGCUGGUGAAUCUGAUAUCAAUGUCAAGAACCUCCCUCCGUCGCAGCAGUUUCACCAUAAGGCCCUGACAGCUAUUAGCGCAGCUCACGUCGGCUUGGAAACCCGCAAAGACCUACCCAUCGAUGACAAACGGUUCCACAAUUAUGUGACAACUCACCAAGCUGCUUACGCUACAAAAGGUACCAUGCACGAUGUGGCGGAGGGCAAGGGACAAGCUGGCGGUUAUUGUAGAAACAAUCGUGCUAGUGAUAUCCCGUUAGGUGAUCCCGCCAAGGAACGAAACUAUGACACUAUGGCCCGAAAGUCGUACAUUGAUCAUGGGCGUGAUGCUUACACUAAACCAAAGAUCAUUCCACCGCCACGACCAGCCCGUAAUCUGCUGGCAAUGGAUGCGCGGACGAACAAUGAAGACGCUACAUUUACCUCCACAACGGCGCAAACAUACAAGGGUCAUACCAUCCAUCCUAUUCACCGGGAGACCCAAGUAAACCCAGGACAACUCAGCAGCAAAAGCUCCAUUGCAUUGGGAGAAGAAGGAGCGCAAUACCGUCAAACAGAAACGUCCGUUUCUCGUCGCGACUAUGUGCAUGACCCGCAAGCUUCCCAAGCUGCUCGUCACUUGGCACGAUCUUCCGUUGCUGAUCGGUUGUUGAGCAAGCCAGGGAUUCACACAGCCAUCCAACCUAACCCAGUAGCUCAAAGAGACUUGGAGUCAAGCACAUCGGCAUCCUACCGGGUACCCGAACAUAUGGCGGCCUUAAAACCACUUGCUAAUAGGCGAUCGGCGGGAGUCCGCUCCAUUGCAGCUAUGGGGACCCGCGAAGGAAACGGCCACAGCAAGGCAGAUAUGAUGGCUGUAUCGACUGUCCCAACCGGUGAUCCAACUCAUUUCAAUUUCAACACAUCCACCACCACGAAUUCCACCUUUUAUCAGCCAUAUGAAAAUUUCAAAAUGAUACCGCAUCCCAUUCUAGGCGCCAACAUCACAAAAUCCAGUUUCAAAUUCAGCGAACCCGAAGACGAACUGAAACCAGCGGAUCGUUUCCGCUCUUCUACACAUUCUGCGUUCAUUCCACACGACGUAACCGUGGAUCCGGUCGUACACCGUCGCCCACCACGUUCCACACUACAUCUCGACGGAUCGGUCGAGGCGUUACCGAUGUGGGCGAAUGAAACAACGCAACAGGCCCACUAUCGUCCUCCAGUCACUUCAGCUGUCCAUGACCGACACGGUAGGUAUAUGGCCGUGGCACCAAAAUCGACAGCAAAGCCUCUCUUGUUUCCGGUGAAGACAGCGCACAUCACGCCUGAUCAAAUAUACCAGUCAACGACACACAAGUUUUUCAGGUCGCGUGAAGGUCUGAACUUUGAGCAUGGGGAAAAUAUGGUGGAUAGAAAAGUCAGAAGGGGAAUGAGAGGCAGCUCGGUUCCCUUUGGUGAUCAAACCGUCUCCUACUACAAGGAGCUGACAGUAAAGAAAGGACCAGAGCCAGUAGUUGCAGCGUCCUGAUCAUUUUUUGUUGAUGCUGUUCGCGUAAACGAUGGUAAAAACUAGCAUGUGGCAAAGCUAUCUUGUUAAUAAAAUCACAGGAAGAAAAAUAAUAUAUCAUUCAUCUUCAAAACCCAA